UUCUCUCUGCGUGGAAAACAAGUAUUGAGCUUCAACUUGAAAAAUGUCAUUGACAAAUGAGCAAGCUGAGUCCAUUUUGGCUCCAUUGAUGAAAAAGUACCUCGACGCGUUGAACACUUCUAAUUGGAAACAAGUCGAGAACUUUUAUCAUGUUAAUUCGGUUAUGAUUGAGAAAGGAAAAAGUUGUAUGUUUGGUAAUCAAGCGAUAGUGGACAGUUUCAAAGGAAUGGGAGCCGAUUUUGGAAAGUACGAAGUUCAGAUCUCCAAUUCUCGCUACGAAGGAGUUGGUGAUUUUGUAAACAUUCACACCGAUUUUAGCUUUGUUACUGAAAAGCAAGGAACUCUAAGCGGAAAAUUUACGCAAAUCUGGAAGAAAGAAGACGGAAAGUACGCUAUUCUUCACGAUCAAUUUGAACUCUAGAUUCUGUAAAUGUUCUUUUUCAACGGUUAAUUAUAUGAAUUUUUGAACUUUUUAUUACAGUUUUGAAAAUAAAAUUAUUGGUUUGAGGGGACGAUCUAAAAUAAAUCAGUUUGAAU